AUGGCUGAUACCGAAAAUGGCGGCACUGCUAUGCGCAGCAUGUCCAAGGACGAAGGCCGUUUGCGAGAAUUGGGUUAUAAGCAGGAGUUAAAGCGCGACUGGUCGCUGAUUCACAAUUUCGGCGUUUCCUUCAGUAUCAUCUCCGUCAUCACGGGAAUCACCACCCUUUUCAGUUAUGGAUUGAAUACCGGAGGACCAGGAGUCAUGUCGUGUGGAUGGAUCGUUGUUUCUUUUUUCACAUUCUUUGUUGGAUUGGGCAUGGCCGAGAUUGUCAGUGCCAUCCCAUCUGCGGGAGGUCCGUAUUUUUGGGCCGCGAUUCUGGCUCCGCAACAAUGGGCUCCUUUUGGGAGUUGGGUUACCGGUUGGUUCAAUUUGCUCGGUCAAGUUGCAGUCACAACCGGUAUUACCUUUGGUUGUGCUGGACUGAUCUCUACAUUGGCCAGCAUCAAUGGAUAUGAGCCGUCCGCUGGACGAACGUUGGGAAUCUAUGCGGCACUUCUCUGUUCGCACGGGAUCGUCAACUCAUUUGGCGUUCACAUUUUGCGCUAUCUGAACAACACGUCGAUUAUUCUGCACUCCCUGGGAGUCUUUUCCUUUGCUGUUGCCGUGGUGGCCAAGGCUCCCCACCACCAAUCGGCCAAAUUCGUCUUUGCCACCUUUUACGAUGGCACGGGUGACCCAGGCUGGUCAGUUCGAGCUUCUUCAGCCUAUGUUGCUUGUAUAGGCAUUCUCAUGUCUCAGUACACCAUCACCGGUUUUGAUGCCAGCGCCCAUCUUUCCGAGGAAACACAGAACGCGUCUUGGUCGGCACCCAUUGGGGUUUUGAUGUCGAUCGGCUGCUCCGCAUUAUUUGGAUGGUUCCUCAUUCUGUGCCUUCUCUUCAGCAUCCAAGACUUCGACCGUACCAUCGAUUCCGACUAUGGACAACCGGUCCUCCAAAUCUUGGUCGACGUGUUUGGUAAAUCAGGGGCGAUUGUGCUUUUUGUCCUCGUCAUAAUCUGUGUCUGGCAUUGCGGUCUCUUCAGUUUGACUUCUAAUUCUCGGAUGAUGUUCAGCUUUGCCCGCGACGGGGGGAUCCCACACUUCUUCCACAACGUGGACGCUCGAUUCCGAAGCCCGAUCAGAACCAUCUGGCUCGCGGCCGUAUUGGCGUUUCUUCUGGCGAUUCCCAGCGUCGGAUCAUCGGUGGCCUUUGCGGCAGCCACUUCGAUCGCCACGAUUGGGCUUUAUAUCUCCUACGGCCUGCCCAUCUUGAUUGGCAUGAUCAACCCUGAAGGAUUUAUACAUGGUCCCUUUAACCUGAAGUGGGCCUCACGCCCCGUUGCCCUUAUCGCCUGCCUCUGGAUCGGAUUCAUCACCGUCAUUUUCUGUCUUCCUGAGCUCAACCCGGUGAACAGCCAGACGCUGAAUUAUACACCAGUCGCGGUGGGUAUUAUCGCCGUGUGGUGCCUUACUAGUUGGGUUUUGUGGGCUCGAAAGUGGUUCAAGGGCCCUAUUCGUCAAGUGGAGGCCGAAGUCGCUGGAGUAAAUGUUGAUGAUCCCGAUGCGAUGGAUCGUGCGGAACGAGAAGGGAGAAUCCCACAAGUGGAUGCGAUUGAGGGUGGUAAGGAGAAGAGUCUUUUGACGGCUAUGAAGCAGAAUUACAAUUGA